UAAAUAGAAAGAGAAUUGACAGAAAUUUGGAAACUUUGCCCGAAAUUAAACAACAAAAUUGAAACCCGCUGUGUACACAACUAAAGGGAUUUCAUUCCUUAACAAACUUCUCAUAUCAAUUGGUUUGGUUGUAGUUGUAGCUUGGUCUUCUCAAAAUGGCCACAGGCUACAGUUCAACGCAAUUGCAGACAUCUCAUAGCGAUGAAAGGAUCAAGGCGAACGUUCGUCGAGGCAAUCAGUCCAGGUCGCCCAAUGAUGAGAGAAACAGCCAGACGAGUCUUAGGCGAAACACAAGGCUGCAAUCUCAGAAUCGCUUUUGUCUUCAAUAUAGCGAUGAUGAUUCGUUUGAAACUGUCGAAGAGUUGCUGAACACAGACUUCCGGUUGAUUCUGGCUGUCACUCCCAAGCCUGAGGAGAUAUUUUGUCCAAAGUCCUCCGAUUACCAGCUGGCCAUGCAUUGGUACAGGAAACUAAGCACCUGGAAGUGCGAGACAUUGAACGAGCUGCGCUUACGCCAGGUUUACAUGAGUCACCUCAGCGUUUGUUUUAAUCAAAAGCGUCUACGCGGCAUAUUUAUGCAAAUACCGCCGAAUGAACUAAUUAUGGUGGACUUUAUGGAAAAGAGCGAAUCUUUGCCAUGUUGCACGUCCACGUCAAUGAUGAACACCAGCGCCUGGCAGGCCAUGGCCACCAUGAUGCAGCAGCAGCAGCAACCGGAAAGAGCAGCAGGAAGUUGCUGCAAAGCUAAUGAAUCCCAUGGAAUGUCUCGCUCUGCUGGUGGCAGCAACAAGCGCAGGUGCACACUUCGACCCCCCGCACACAAGAUCACCUGCAAAUCGAGGCCCAAACUAGUGCCUAGGUAUUUUGCUGAGGCAAAGGAUUUAUAUUCCAGCAGCACCUCAAGUGUAUCAUCGUCACGUGAGAACAAAAGUCAGCACGGUUCUGGCACCUUUGGGUACAACAUGCGUCACCGUCGCCCGAUCGAUGAGCAGGCACGCAAGGAUAUGAACUAUCUGUUGGAAACGAUCAAAAGUGAACUACGCGGCCAGGAGAACCAGAACACAGAUGAGUACCUCGAAUUGGAACUGAGGCGCUAUCGUGAUUUUUAUGCACGCCAUAGGCACACGGAUCCCGAAUUUAAGGUCAAUGUGGCUGCGGGUCCGGAAAAAGAGCGUAUCUUUAUGCUUCUGAAUAUGCAAAACGAUUUGGUCAAAUUGUUGUCUGACUGAAAAGCUAUAACCCAAUUGUUCUAUUUUGUAUGUUUUGUAACAGACAAAAAUAAACUUGGUCAUGAAGUUUAAA